GCUGUCCAUGGGGCAGCGCCUAAGUGUCUGAGCACACUUAAGAAUCUCUAGUGGUUUAUGACCCAGACUUUGCCCUACCAGCUCAGUCUUCUGAAUGUUCUCUUCCCUGGACCCUGCUCCAGACACUUUAAAUUCAGAAGAGGAAAAUGUGCCCAGCCUGCCUGGAGAAAAGCAUCUGCUCCUAGCCAAGAUCUCCUCAUCACAAAAGUAAUGUGGGCCAUGGAGUCAGGCCACCUCCUCUGGGCUCUGCUGUUCAUGCAGUCCUUGUGGCCUCAACUGACUGAUGGAGCCACUCGAGUCUACUACCUGGGCAUCCGGGAUGUGCAGUGGAACUAUGCUCCCAAGGGAAGAAAUGUCAUCACGAACCAGCCUCUGGACAGUGACAUAGUGGCUUCCAGCUUCUUAAAGUCUGACAAGAACCGGGUAGGGGGAACCUACAAGAAGACGAUCUAUAAAGAAUACAAGGAUGACUCAUACACAGAUGAAGUGGCCCAGCCUGCCUGGUUGGGCUUCCUGGGGCCAGUGUUGCAGGCUGAAGUGGGGGAUGUCAUUCUUAUCCACCUGAAGAAUUUUGCCACUCGUCCCUAUACCAUCCACCCUCAUGGUGUCUUCUACGAGAAGGACUCCGAAGGUUCCCUAUACCCAGAUGGCUCCUCUGGGCCACUGAAAGCUGAUGACUCUGUUCCCCCGGGUGGCAGCCAUAUCUACAACUGGACCAUUCCAGAAGGCCAUGCACCCACCGAUGCUGACCCAGCAUGCCUCACCUGGAUCUACCAUUCUCAUGUAGAUGCUCCACGAGACAUUGCAACUGGCCUAAUUGGGCCUCUCAUCACCUGUAAAAGAGGAGCCCUGGAUGGGAACUCCCCUCCUCAACGGCAGGAUGUAGACCAUGAUUUCUUCCUGCUCUUCAGUGUGGUAGAUGAGAACCUCAGCUGGCAUCUCGAUGAGAACAUUGCCACUUACUGCUCAGAUCCUGCUUCAGUGGACAAAGAAGAUGAGACAUUUCAGGAGAGCAAUAGGAUGCAUGCAAUCAAUGGCUUUGUUUUUGGGAAUUUACCAGAGCUGAACAUGUGUGCACAGAAACGUGUGGCCUGGCACUUGUUUGGCAUGGGCAAUGAAGUUGAUGUCCACACAGCAUUUUUCCAUGGACAGAUGCUGACUAUCCGUGGACAUCACACUGAUGUGGCUAACAUCUUUCCUGCCACCUUUGUGACUGCCGAGAUGGUGCCCUGGGAACCUGGUACCUGGUUAGUUAGCUGCCAAGUGAACAGUCACUUUCGAGAUGGCAUGCAGGCACUCUACAAGGUCAAGUCUUGCUCCAUGGCCCCUCCUGUGGACCUGCUCACAGGCAAAGUUCGACAGUACUUCAUUGAGGCCCAUGAGAUUCAAUGGGACUAUGGCCCGAUGGGGCAUGAUGGGAGUACUGGGAAGAAUUUGAGAGAGCCAGGCAGUAUCUCAGAUAAGUUUUUCCAGAAGAGCUCCAGCCGAAUUGGGGGCACUUACUGGAAAGUGCGAUAUGAAGCCUUUCAAGAUGAGACAUUCCAAGAGAAGAUGCAUUUGGAGGAAGAUAGGCAUCUUGGAAUCCUGGGGCCAGUGAUCCGGGCUGAGGUGGGUGACACCAUUCAGGUGGUCUUCUACAACCGUGCCUCCCAGCCAUUCAGCAUGCAGCCCCAUGGGGUCUUUUAUGAGAAAGACUAUGAAGGCACUGUGUACAGUGAUGGCUCAUCUCACCCUGGUUUGGUUGCCAAGCCCUUUGAGAAAGUAACAUACCGCUGGACAGUCCCCCCUCAUGCCGGUCCCACUGCUCAGGAUCCUGCUUGUCUCACCUGGAUGUACUUCUCUGCUGCAGAUCCCAUAAGAGACACGAAUUCUGGCCUGGUGGGCCCGCUGCUGGUGUGCAGGGCUGGUGCCUUGGGUGCAGAUGGCAAGCAGAAAGGGGUGGAUAAAGAAUUCUUUCUUCUCUUCACUGUGUUGGAUGAGAACAAGAGCUGGUACAGCAAUGCCAAUCAAGCAGCUGCUAUGUUGGAUUUCCGACUGCUUUCAGAGGAUAUUGAGGGCUUCCAAGACUCCAAUCGGAUGCAUGCCAUUAAUGGGUUUCUGUUCUCUAACCUGCCCAGGCUGGACAUGUGCAAGGGUGACACAGUGGCCUGGCACCUGCUCGGCCUGGGCACAGAGACUGAUGUGCAUGGAGUCAUGUUCCAGGGCAACACUGUGCAGCUUCAGGGCAUGAGGAAGGGUGCAGCCAUGCUCUUUCCUCAUACCUUUGUCAUGGCCAUCAUGCAGCCUGACAACCUUGGGACAUUUGAGAUUUAUUGCCAGGCAGGCAGCCAUAGAGAAGCAGGGAUGAGGGCAAUCUAUAAUGUCUCCCAGUGUCCUGGCCACCAAGCCACCCCUCGCCAACGCUACCAAGCUGCAAGAAUCUACUAUAUCAUGGCAGAAGAAGUAGAGUGGGACUAUUGCCCUGACCGGAGCUGGGAACGGGAAUGGCACAACCAGUCUGAGAAGGACAGUUACGGUUACAUUUUCCUGAGCAACAAGGAUGGGCUCCUGGGUUCCAGAUACAAGAAAGCUGUAUUCAGGGAAUACACUGAUGGUACAUUCAGGAUCCCUCGGCCAAGGACUGGACCAGAAGAACACUUGGGAAUCUUGGGUCCACUUAUCAAAGGAGAAGUUGGUGAUAUCCUGACUGUGGUAUUCAAGAAUAAUGCCAGCCGCCCCUACUCUGUGCAUGCUCAUGGAGUGCUAGAAUCUACUACCAGCUGGCCACUUGCUGCUGAGCCUGGUGAGGUGCUCACUUAUCAGUGGAACAUCCCGGAGAGAUCUGGCCCUGGGCCCAAUGACUCUGCUUGUGUUUCCUGGAUCUAUUAUUCUGCAGUGGAUCCCAUCAAGGACAUGUAUAGUGGCCUGGUGGGGCCCUUGGCUAUCUGCCGAAAGGGCAUCCUGGAGCCCCAUGGAGGACGGAGUGACAUGGACCGGGAAUUUGCGUUGUUGUUCUUGAUUUUUGAUGAAAAUAAGUCUUGGUAUUUGGAGGAAAAUGUGGCAACCCAUGGGUCCCAGGAUCCAGGCAGUAUUAACCUACAGGAUGAAACUUUCUUGGAGAGCAAUAAAAUGCAUGCAAUCAAUGGGAAACUCUAUGCCAACCUUAGGGGUCUUACCAUGUACCAAGGAGAACGAGUGGCCUGGUACAUGCUGGCCAUGGGCCAAGAUGUGGAUCUACACACCAUCCACUUUCAUGCAGAGAGCUUCCUCUAUCGGAAUGGCGAGAACUACCGGGCAGAUGUGGUGGAUCUGUUCCCAGGGACUUUUGAGGUUGUGGAGAUGGUGGCCAGCAACCCUGGGACAUGGCUGAUGCACUGCCAUGUGACUGACCAUGUCCAUGCUGGCAUGGAGACCCUCUUCACUGUUUUUUCUCGAACAGAACACUUAAGCACUAUCACCAUCGUCACCAAAGAGACUGAAAAAGCAGUGCCCCCCAGAGACAUUGAAGAGGGCAAUGUGAAGAUGAUGGGCAUGCAGAUCCCCAUAAAGAAUGUUGAGAUGCUGGCCUCUGUUUUGGUUGCCAUUAGUGUCACCCUUCUGCUUGUUGUUCUGGCUCUUGGUGGUGUGGUUUGGUACCAACAUCGACAGAGAAAGCUACGACGCAAUAGGAGGUCCAUCCUGGAUGACAGCUUCAAGCUUCUGUCUUUCAAACAGUAACAUCUGGAGCCUGGGGAUAUCCUCAGGAAGCACAUCUGUAAUGCACUCCCAGCAGGCCAUGGACUAGUCACUAACCCCACACUCAAAGGGGCAUGGGUGGUGGAGAAGCAGAAGGGGGAAUCAAGCUUAUCUGGAUAUUUCUUUCUUUAUUUAUUUUACAUGGAAAAAUAUGAUUUCACUUUUUCUUUAGUUUCUUUGCUCUACGUGGGCACCUGGCGCUAAGGGGGUACCUUAGUAUCCCACAUCACAAAUUUCAACAGCUACAUUAUGUUGUCUUCUGACACUUGGAAGGUCUUGAAAUUUCUAGAAAUGUAUCCUUCUCACAAAGUAGAGACCAAGAGAAAAACUCAUUGAUUGGGUUUCUACUUCUUUCAAGGACUCAGGAAAUUUCACUUUGAACUGAGGCCAAGUGAGCUGUUAAGAUAACCCACAUUUAAACUAAAGGCUAAGAAUAUAGGCUUGAUGGGAAAUUGAAGGUAGGCUGAGGACUGGGAAUCCAAAUUGAAUUUUGAUUCUCCUUGGCAGUGAACUACUUUGGAGAAGUGGUGAAUGGGUUGUUGCUGCCAUGAGCAUGUACAACCUCUGGAUCCAGAAGCGCCUCAGGAAAGCCAUUUCUCCAAGUUCCUAAACAGUGGCACUGAAAGGAAUGUUGAGUUACCUCUUCGUGUUUUAGACAGCAAACCCUAUCCAUUAAAGUACUUGUUAGAACACUGAAA